ACACAGCAGACGUCGGGGCACACGUUGUGGCACAGUGGCCCCCACAGGGCCAGCAGGAAGUGGCUUGCUCGUGUAGGGUGGGAAAGGCAGGGCCCAGGGGCUGCCGCGGGGCAUUCCCCACCCUGGGCAACACAUCUGCGUAGCUGAGGGGCACAGGGCCACCAAUCCAGCCAUUCUGCUCUGCACAGGCACUGGUGUCUGCAUGGUACUGGACCUGGCUCUGGCUCCAGUAGCCAGGUCCGGGAGUGGAGGGGUGUGGCCGGGAGCGGAGCAUGGUGUGAGGGCCGUGCCCCAUGGGUCCAUGGCUCCUGGGGCACCCUGGCUGCCUGCAGCCCUGCUCUCUCUCUGCCCACAGGUGAUCCUGGCAGUGCUGGGGCUGGCAGCCAGUGAAUCACAGCCCCCAGGGUGGCAGAACCACACCAUACUGCGAGGACAGAGGGUCCUGGUGCAGCCACUCACCCGUCUGCGGAGACAUGCCACCAGACACCCCUGCCCUGCUGGCAUGAAUUGGAUCGAGAGUACUCACCAGUGCUGUCCCCAGUGUCCUGCAGGGAUGUAUCUGCACAAGCCCUGCACAAGCCACAACAACAGUGUCUGCAGGCCCUGUCCCACUGGCACCUUCCUCUCCCAGCCCAACACCUUCACCAAGUGCCAGGCUUGCUACGAGUGUGACCAACAAGCUUUCCAGAGCGUUCUGAGCAACUGCUCGGCCACCAGCAACGUCGCCUGUGGCUGUGAGCCUGGACACUUCCGUCACUGCCUCAGCACGGGCUGCAGAGAGUUCGUAUGUCAGAAGUGCCAGCCCUGCACUGGGCGCCUCAUCCAGCGGCCCUGCUCAGAGACGAAGGACACAGUCUGUGACAGCAGAUGCAAGCCUGACUUCUACACCGAGGGAGAUGAGUGCCGGCCAUGCCACAUGAGCACUCUGGAUACAUGCAGCAAAGAGUGCCAGCAAGUGUGUGGCAGCAGCAACAGCAGCAGUCAAGACUCGGGUCUGGAGUACAUCCUUCUGGGACUCAGCGGGCCCCUCUUCCUGGGUGCCCUUGCCAUCUACCACAAGAGGAAGAGGCUCCGGCACGAUGCCCUGGCACCCGGUCCCCUCCCCAUGGCACAGGCAGCCACCUCCAUGGCUGGGGCUGUGCCCACACCACGGCGCCAGUUCAGUGGCCGGGGGUGGGACAGCCUGUGCUGGACCCAGCCAUGCUCUCCACAGGGGACAGACCGUGCCACUGUCACGGUGAGGCAGAGCCCCAAGCACCAGGCCCUGCUGUGUGAGCAGCCCAACGAUGAGGGGGAGCCCUCUGCCCCGCCAGAGCCCCGCAGUGCCCUGCUGCAGGGCAGCCAGCUCUAUGCUGUCAUCGACGCAGUGCCAGUACGGCGUUGGAAGGAGUUCAUGCGGAUGCUGGAGCUGCGGGAGGCGGAGAUUGAGCUGGUGGAGCUGGAGGUGGCCCACAUCCGUGACCAGCAGUACGAGAUGCUGAAGCGCUGGUGCCAGCAGACCAGCGCCACGCUGGACCGCAUCUUUGCUGCACUGGAGCGCAUGGAGCUGGCUGGCUGCGCCGAGGCACUGCGCCAGAGCCUGCCAGCAGGGCCCUAGCCCCCAGCGUCACCGCCCUGGCACCGGAAGGUCCUGGCACCUUCACAUCUCACUGGGUGCCUCGGCUGUGCCAUACCCCUAAGUAUUGUUACUUAUGCCGUGUAGACAUUUUAUGUCACUUUUACAUCCCCUUCCUACCCAUUGGCCCCCUCUAUUUAUGUCCCCCUGCUCCCAGGGCUGGGAGGGACCCCACACCCAGGCAGUUUGGCUGCCUGGCCACUCGCGGGACGAGCGGGCACCGAGCCCACUGCAAACCCAUGGGACAGUUCUCAAGGCUGCCCGCUGCCGGGCGUGCCUGUCCUCACCCCAAUAAAGUGGUGUGUUUUCCAUCCGCUGGCCCCUGCCCUUCCUCACAGGGCUGCACCGGCCAGACACUGAGGCAAUGCUCAGGGCCACCACUGGUGAUGUGACCACCACAGGUGACGGGCGAUGUGGGU